CAGACUAUAUAUGACUGGUCUGACUGUAUCAGACUAUAUAUGACUGGUCUGAACAUGGAGUUACUGACUGUAUCAGACUAAUUGCUCUGUGGAUUCCAGAGUUCAGGGAGGCUUGACGUGAUUCCUCUACUCUUCCUGUGAUCUACAUUCUCAGAAUAGAUUUGGCUUCGGCCCACAUAUUCCAUCAGAAAGCACCAAGGGAUAGAUUCAGUCUGGAGGGGCUGUAAACAGUCUAAAAUGGGCCAUUCCAGGUGUUUUGUUGUGAAAUGAUAAACAUGGUAGGAGCUAAAGACAAUGAAGAAUACAUGGUGACAGCAGCUUGGGCACUACAGUUAUGUCUCUACGCCAAUAUCAGCUUGGACACUACAGUUAUGUCUCUACGCCAAUAUCAGCUUGGACACUACAGUUAUGUCUCCUCUACGCCAAUAUCAGCUUGGACACUACAGUUAUGUCUCCUCUACGCCAAUAUCAGCUUGGACACUACAGUUAUGUCUCCUCUACGCCAAUAUCAGCUUGGACACUACAGUUAUGUCUCCUCUACGCCAAUAUCAGCUUGGACACUACAGUUAUGUCUCCUCUACGCCAAUAUCAGCUUGGACACUACAGUUAUGUCUCCUCUACGCCAAUAUCAGCUUGGACACUACAGUUAUGUCUCCUCUACGCCAAUAUCAGCUUGUCUCCUCUACGCCAAUAUCAGCUUGGACACUACAGUUAUGUCUCCUCUACGCCAAUAUCAGCUUGGACACUACAGUUAUGUCUCCUCUACGCCAAUAUCAGCUUGGACACUACAGUUAUGUCUCCUCUACGCCAAUAUCAGCUUGGACACUACAGUUAUGUCUCCUCUACGCCAAUAUGAGCUUGGACACUACAGUUAUGUCUCCUCUACGCCAAUAUCAGCUUGGACACUACAGUUAUGUCUCCUCUACGCCAAUAUCAGCUUGGACACUACAGUUAUGUCUCCUCUACGCCAAUAUCAGCUUGGACACUACAGUUAUGUCUCCUCUACGCCAAUAUCAGCUUGGACACUACAGUUAUGUCUCCUCUACGCCAAUAUCAGCUUGGACACUACAGUUAUGUCUCCUCUACGCCAAUAUCAGCUUGGACACUACAGUUAUGUCUCCUCUACGCCAAUAUCAGCUUGGACACUACAGUUAUGUCUCCUCUACGCCAAUAUCAGCUUGGGCACUACAGUUAUGUCUCCUCUACGCAAUAUCAGCUUGGGCGCUACAGUUAUGUCUCCUCUAACGCCAAUAUCAGCUUGGGCGCUACAGUUAUGUCUCCUCUAACGCCAAUAUCAGCUUGGACGCUACAGUUAUGUCUCCUCUACGCCAAAAUCAGCUUGGACACUACAGUUAUGUCUCCUCUACGCCAAUAUCAGCUUGGACACUACAGUUAUGUCUCCUCUACGCCAAUAUCAGCUUGGACACUACAGUUAUGUCUCCUCUACGCCAAUAUCAGCUUGGGCACUACAGUUAUGUCUCCUCUACGCCAAUAUCAGCUUGGACACUACAGUUAUGUCUCCUCUACGCCAAUAUCAGCUUGGCCACUACAGUUAUGUCUCCUCUACGCCAAUAUCAGCUUGGCCACUACAGUUAUGUCUCCUCUACGCCAAUAUCAGCUUGGCCACUACAGUUAUGUCUCCUCUACACCAAUAUCAGCUUGUUUUGUAUUUUGUGCAACACCCCUUUCUGAAGUAUAGAUGUGUGUGUGUGUGUGUGU